GUACCCUCAGACCACACACACAAAUACACAUGUUAAUCACUCAACUCUUCCCCCAGGAUUUGACGGUUGUGUCCCGUGUCCCUCGUCCCUCGUUGCGUACAGUGGUGAGCGCCGUUGGUCCCACACUCCGAAACCACAGAGCUCGGGCAAAUUAUGGUCUGGUGAGCCGAAAGCUGACGGCAGGGGGUGAAGGGGUAGGAAGAUUUGCAGACGGGUCUGGCGCAACGGUGGGCUGGGGUGGUGGUUGGAGGUCUAGGGGAGAAGGGCCAGACAUGCAAUCAUCGUCAUCAACAAUAUGAGGGUGGCUGCUCGUGCUACUUUGUGCAACCGCGCGGACAUGUACAUGAUGACCUGCUUGCCUGCCUGCCUGCCUGUCUGUCUGUCCCGCGUGCCCAGACUAGCAGGGGACAGGUGUCGAGCCGGGAUGGCUGGUGUGAAUAGCUGCAUCCCUUGCAUAGUGCAGGACGCUUGAAGAUGCUAAGCGCGUACAAGACGGCUGCCAUUGGCCGACGUUGCGCUCCCCGGGCAUGGCCCUUCACCACCCUUCAGCCGUGGAAUAUAGUAUUUAGACGCAUCCCAAGUCGCAGUGCUUAUGUUGGGCAACACACAUGCGUCGUCUCCCACCAUGCACAUCACCGGUUGCCUACACUUUGCUUGUUUGGGGGUGAUUAAGCGCUCAAAAGGCAGCAGCGUGGUUUGCCCGUGGCCUUAUCUUCCUCCCGCACUCUGAUCGUCGGCCGUGUUGCAACGCUAUCCUGCUUGCGUCACGGCUCAGGCGGUUCGGCGCGGCUGCACAUGGGGGAAUCGAGCAAAGAGUUGCUGCUGCUCGUGCAGCACUGGCGCACACAUUCCAUGUACAUACAUACAUACAUGCCCUUCCAUCUAUGUAGUAUGCACUCGCUCCUCACGUCGUGUGGCCUUUUGCUCUGCCCAUCCGCCCCCCUCCUUGAUCGCUAAUUGUCAUCUAUCCCGCCUCACCCCGCGUCCGCGUCUCAGCGUAUCAAUGCUGCCUACCCAGCGGCGCGGUUCUGGCUGUUCACCCCCUUUUUCAUUCAACUGGACGGUACACUCACUACGUUGUGCGUGUCAGGCGGCAGACAUGCAGCCCUCAACCGAUGUGAUAAGCCAGACGAGCACUCUGGAAGCCAGCCAGGAGGGAACACAUGACUGCCCCAACAUGCGCUUUGCACACCCUCUCAACCUGCUGUUGCCCUCACCCCAGCACCUCGGCACUGCCAAUGGGACAUAAUUAGCCCACCAAUACUUACACAGCCUUUUCGUGAGGGGUGAGGUAGACCCAAAACCUGUCCUCGAUGCACCAGUUUCAUCGUCAUUCAAUAAACGGGCAUUUGCGCAGCAGAGCGUCCCCCUCAGCUAUUGUGGCUCAUUGCGAUUCGCCCUCCUAAUUUUGGCCCCACCCUCCUGUUUGCUGCAAAAUCGUCCUCCCACUCCAUGUUUCCUGUCAGCACCAGUCAUGUUGUGAGUCGAUUAAGCCCCGCUUACUGUUGCACGGACGCUCCGUGCUCACCUGAAACCACGUGUAAAGGCCGAGGACUGAUUCCCGUGGCCUCGUUCUUUCGCUCCACGAGAGCGAAAAAGUGGUCCAUCAUCGUAAUUGUACACACUGACGUCGACGGAGUCCGGGAAUGAGGUGUACUUUUGUUGCCGAUCGGGGUACCAUCACGAACCGCGAUUGCGACACAGACUUCGAACCGGUUUUCGGAAACCCAUCGGCCUGCACUGAUUGACGUGCGAACCAACGUAAUAAUUUCGCUGAUCAUGGAGAACCCCAGGCAGCAGUUGAGAUUGACAAAAUAGCUAUCGUGAUUGUGCCAUAGCCAAGUGCAAACGGAAGAACAGGUGCAAUCACACGCUUCCGAGGAAUCGGCGAAGGCGGAACGUUGUGCCCAGGCCCCACCAUCUACUUCCAU